GGACUGCAGUCACAGUCUUCCUGGUUGCAGGCGUGAGGGAGCUGGCUCACUGUACCAUUUCUCGGUCGACAUUACUUGGUGUCAGAAGACGGACGGAUCCAACGUGACUGCCUCCUCGACUCUGGAGCUGCCAUUGGAUUUGAGUGCAGCACCUGCUAGAGCCCCUUGCACUCUGUCAUUUCCCUGGUGGACCCAGGUUUCUGUUGGAGAUCAUGGAUAUUGAAGCAUAUUUUGAAAGAAUUGGUUAUAAAAACUCUAGGAAGAAAUUGGAUUUGGAAACGUUAACUGACGUCCUUCAGUACCAGAUCCGAGCCGUCCCCUUUGAGAAUCUUAACAUCCAUUGUGGGGGAGCCAUGGAGCUGGGCAUAGAGGCCAUUUUUGAUCAAGUUGUGAGAAAGAACCGAGGGGGGUGGUGUCUCCAGGUCAAUCACCUUCUGUACUGGGCUCUGACCACAAUGGGAUUUGAGACCACAAUUUUGGGAGGUUAUGUUUACAACAGUCUAGUUGAUAAAUAUAGCAGCAGGAUGAUUCACCUCUUGCUGCAGGUGACCAUCGGUGGCAGAAACUACAUUGUGGAUGCUGGGUUUGGAAGAUCCUACCAGAUUUGGCAGCCUCUGGAGCUUAUUUCUGGGAAAGAUCAGCCUCAGGUCCCUUGUAUCUUCCGCCUGACACAGGAGGGAGAAAUGUGGUCCCUGGAUCAAAUCAGGAGAGAGCAGUACCUUCCAAACCAAGAGUUUCUUAAUUCUGAUCUCCUGGAGAAAAAUAAAUACCGGAAAAUCUACUCCUUCACUCUUGAGCCUCGAACAAUUGCAGAUUUUGAGUCUGUGAAUACAUUCCUUCAGACAUCUCCAGCCUCUGUGUUUACAAGCAAAUCCUUUUGUUCCUUGCAGACACCAGAAGGAGUUCACUGUUUAGUGGGCUUCACUCUCACCUAUAGAAAAUUCAAUUAUAAGGAAAAUAUGGAUCUGGUAGAGUUUAAGACCCUGAAUGAGGAAGAAGUAGAAGAGGUGCUGAGAAAUCUCUUUAAUAUUUACUUGGAAGGAAAGCUUGUCCCCAAACAUGGUGACCGAUUUUUUACCAUUUAAGGUAAAAAGCAAAGAUUAGUAUUCAGUUCAAAAAUAGACCUCUGCAUUUAUGGCCAAUUAAUUUUUGACAAGGCUGCCAAGUCCACUCAAUUGGGAAAGAAUAGUCUCUUCAACAAAUGGUGCUAGGAGAACUGGAUAUCCAUAUGCAAAAGAAUGAAGGAGAACCCCUAU